AGUCGGCGAGUCGCAGCCGUACGAGACGCGCUCGCGGAUUCGUUCGCUCGAGAAACGCAACGCGACGAGAUGUAGUCGAGUAAAGAGAUAUCAAGCCACCCGCGCGCGGGGGCUCGCCACCCCGUAAUCGGCGCGUUUAUCUUCUCAAUUUUCUCUCUCUUAGUUUACUCCCGGUCUCUCUUUCUCUCGUCGUAUCGGUGUUUGAUUCGUCGAUUAUUCAAGAUUCUCGAUUAAAUUGCUCGUUUCGCCGCGCGCGAAAAGAAAACGAACGCCGCGAACCCAUCUGGGAAAUGAUAAGCAGCGGCGCGCUCGACAACGGUAGAUGUAGACGUAGACGUCCUGACGAUCGUUCUCUAUGAUUGCAACAACAUUGUCGGCCGCGUUAUCAUCAUCAUCGCCGCGUAAAUCCGACGACGCGAGAUGCGUCGAGACGCUACGCAUUCCGGUUCACGCUCGACUAUGACGCCACGACGGAGCUGCCGCUUCUUCGAUCAUCCUGUCAAGUCCUCGAGAGAAAUAAGACAGAUAUAUAAUCACGGGUUACCCCCGUGUGUGUGUUUGUGCGUGUGUAUGUGUGUGACUUGACAUAGGUGUUGAGAUCAAUAAUAUUUUCAUUCCGCGAUACGAUCUUGCGGCUUUAUUCAUUAAUAUUGAAAGCGUUGUCUCGUCUACGUUUCAUUAAUUGGAUGCGCACAUUCCUGUUAAAAUCCGCUAAAAGAGCACCCUACAAAUCAUCGAGUGGAAAAUGGUAGCAGAAAAGUACGAUACCCUCGAACCCGAGCUGAAGGAGGAACUACGCGCGAUCGCCCAGCAGAUCGUGGAACCCGGCAAGGGUAUCUUGGCCGCCGACGAAUCGACCUCGACGAUUGGCAAACGUCUUCAGAGUAUCAAUGUUGAGAACACCGAGGAAAACCGCAAGGCUUAUAGACAACUUCUUUUUACCACAGCGAAGGAUGCCAUCGGACAACACAUCUCCGGAGUGAUCCUCUUUCAUGAGACCCUCUAUCAAAAGGCCGACGACGGCACGCCAUUCGUCGAGUUACUAAAACAACGUAACAUCAUCCCCGGCAUCAAAGUCGACAAAGGUAUCGUUCCGCUAUUCGGCACGAAUAACGAAUGCACAACCCAGGGUCUCGAUGAUCUUCAGCAACGUUGCAUCCAGUACAAGAAGGACGGCUGCCACUUCGCCAAAUGGCGAUGCGUGUUGAAGAUUACAAAGGACACGCCGAGCAAACUUGCUAUCCUGGAGAAUGCCAACGUGCUGGCCCGCUAUGCCUCCAUCUGUCAGAGCGCUAGGAUUGUACCGAUUGUCGAGCCUGAAAUCCUUCCUGACGGUGACCAUGAUAUUGUGCGUUGCGAACAGGUUACGGAAGAGGUCCUUGCGGCCGUUUACAAGGCACUCUCAGAUCACCAUGUAUAUCUCGAGGGAACGCUGCUCAAGCCAAACAUGGUGACGCCGGGUCAGAGCUACUCGACGAAGGCGACUCCCCAGCAGAUUGCCGCCGCUACGGUGACGGCGUUGUUGCGCACCGUGCCAGCGGCGGUACCCGGUAUCACCUUCCUCAGCGGUGGUCAAUCCGAGGAGGAGGCAUCGGUCAAUCUAGAUGCUAUCAAUAAGUUUCCGGCAAAGAAACCUUGGGCGUUGACCUUUAGCUACGGACGCGCUCUUCAGGCUUCCGUGCUUCGCGCUUGGCAAGGCAAAGCCGAUCAGGUCCCCGCCGGCCAGCAGGAGUUGCUUAAGAGAGCAAAGGCAAACACUGCAGCUUGCCAAGGCAAUUACAUUGCUGGCAGCAUUUCUAGCAAAGCCGCUGGCAUUUCUCUCUACACCAAUACUCUCGACUUCUAAAAACAAAAAAAAAUCAUUUGUUUGCAUUUUCUAUGGUGGCUAACAGCGACUCGGCGCUAGGCAAAUAUGCAGGUGGUGUCACUGGCGCCGCGGGAGAUGCAACACUUUUCGUCGCCAACCACGCGUAUUAGAUUGAUUCGUAGAGAAAUUUGAUGUAAAAGAAUAUCAUUAGAAACGUGAAAUUAAACCAUCGUUGGAAGUAUUUUGCAGGAUCAUCGUCGUCAUCGUCCUUCCUUUAAAAUUGCGCGAAGAAGGAAUUUUUCUCGAGGACGAACAAAACGCGCACAAAAUUUUCAACACAAAUUUUCACUUUUUUCCUCCUUUUAAACACAGAUUAUUUUUCAUGGAAAUAAUCGUACAUUUUUAAAUCAAGUUUUAACCAGCCUUUUAUAUCCACGUAAAAUCUUUUUACGUAAAUUUCUGUCGAUUGAUUAUAAUUUUUAAUUGGUUCUAAACCGUGUAUAAUUCGAUUCGUCGCUCAAAUCGAUUUGAUGAAAUUUCACUAAUAAAAUUUAUCCUAUUGGGACAAACGCUAUUGCUACUCAAAAGUCGCAUGAUUCACUAAAAAAAGGAAAAUUAUUAUAAAGAAAAAAUUUAUAGAUAUUUCUUUUUAGUGUACUAUAAAGAUUUUCAUUCGAUAUAAAGGUGACAGAAUAUCUAUAUAGUUCAAUGUAGAAGACGAAAAACAAGGAUAAUAUUUUUCCGAUUUGAUGUAUUUAUCUAAUUUAAUUUGACUACCAUAUUGGUUUAAUGCUUCGUCUUGGAAUUAUAUGGAUUUCAUUAGAAAAUUUGCGCCGAAAAUUGAUAAAUAGCUUCAUAUUAAAUGUAUGAAAUAUCGAGAAUUCCUCGAAUUAAUUUUUGACAUAAUCAUCCGCUUUAAUUUUUGGUCAACAAUGUUUAUUUUCGCUACUGUUUCGAUUCACCUAACAAUCAAUUUGACGAGAUUCGAUUCCAACAGCAUUAAAUGACCUAUAAGGACGAAAAUCGAAAUGUUAUACACCGAACGCGAGCAGAUUCGAUAUAUUAUGAUACUUAUUAUUAUGAUUAUUAUUCUAUGAUUAUAAAAGAAUAAAUAUAUGUGUGCGUGUGUAUAUACACACAUACAUGUAUAUAUUGUCAAUGUCGUUACACGAUAUUCUACAUGUAUAAAAUAAAAAGAAGCAAAAAGAACAAAAAAACAGAAAUAUGCAAAAUAAAGCGAAUAUAAUAAAUGUUUAUAUUAGCGACUAUGUCGAAUAUUAUGAAAUCAUGCUAUAUUGUGUUAUAUCUAUACUUAUACGAUAUUACAUGUAUCUUGCAUAGACACCUAAGUAAUCUAUAUUGAGAAUUAUCUCGGUGUUAUAUAUCUAAAUAUUUUCAUUGUAAUCUAGGUCACCAAAUACAACUGUGGAGGGCAAAAAAA